AUGUAUGUAGAGGCGUCAGGCGAGACGACGCGAAGGUCGGCAGAACCAGUUUGGCGGGACGAUGGCGCGCAAGGUGCCGCCGGCCAGGUUAAGUUCACUGUAUUAGCAUCAUCGCCUGCCCUUUCAUGUUCCUUAUCUCCUGGUCUAGGUGAUAUAAAUGAGCCUAUUCAAUUGUAUCGUGAACACCCACCCUUUUGGCUUUAG